CUUAGGUUUUUAACACUCCGAUUGACCCCUAAUGUCACCCACCCACUCAGCUACUGCUGCUUCUAGGCGCGGGGAAACGAACCAGCGCAAAUGAGCCAGAUGACACGUGAAGCUCUGAUGAACCUUCGCAUUCGGUGAUUCACAUUGGUGGGCGAUUUCCUCACGGAUUCACAUUCAGCCGUCCACCGUCGCACUUCAUUCUCGCCGUCAACAAUGAGCGGCAAGAGUAUCAGGCUCUCUGGCUCGGCGCCUCAUCACUACUCCUCCGCAACGCCAUGCACCCGCACCCAUCAGAUCGGCGCACUAGCCCUAGUCAUCAUCACCUACUUCUUCACUCGUCUCUUCCACCAGUCCAUCAACCCUUGUUCUUUUUUUCCCACCAACUACGCAACUGACGAGCUCGGAUCCGCUAACGACGUCGUACGGUUCUCUGACAGAGGGUCUGUCUUAUGGCCCCAACGCGGGUACGGGCCCCACCUCUCCCUCAAAAUCUACGUCUACGAUGCGAGCGAGAUUGAUGGACUCAAUCUGUUGUUGUCCGGCCGGGAAGGGAAUAUUUCCCCUGAAUCAUGCCUGAAAGGACAAUGGGGCUCUCAGGUCAAGAUUCAUAGGCUUCUCUUGCAAUCAAGAUUGCGGACUAGGAGGAAAGAGGAAGCAGAUUUGUUCUUCGUGCCAAGUUAUGUUAAAUGUGUACGUAUGAUGGGUGGUCUGAAUGAUAAAGAAAUAAAUCAGACCUACGUGAAGGUUUUAAGUCAUAUGCCAUAUUUCAGGUUAUCUGGAGGCCGCAAUCACAUAUUUGUUUUCCCAAGCGGAGCUGGAGCUCAUUUGUUCAAGUCAUGGGCAACAUAUUUGAAUCGUUCUAUCAUUCUUACUCCUGAGGGUGACCGAACAGAUAAACGAGACACUAGUGCUUUUAAUACAUGGAAAGACAUUAUUAUCCCUGGAAAUGUUGAUGAUGGGAUGACUAUUUCACACGGAUCUCGGUUAGUUGAGCCUUUGCAUUUGUCAAAAAGGAAGUACUUGGCAAACUUUCUAGGCCGAGCGCAAGGAAAGAGUGGUCGGCUUCAACUGAUCAAACUUGCAAAACAAUUCCCAGAAAAGUUGGAAUCUCCAGAAUUGAAAUUCAGUGGUCCAGAUAAGCUGGGAAGAGUGCAAUAUUUUCAACAUCUACGCAAUGCCAAGUUUUGCCUUGCUCCGCGUGGAGAAUCAUCAUGGACUCUCCGCUUUUAUGAGUCUUUUUUUGUGGAGUGUGUUCCGGUCAUUAUAUCAGAUCAAAUAGAAAUGCCUUUUCAGAAUGUUGUGGACUACACCCAGAUAUCAAUCAAAUGGCCAUCCACGCGGAUUGGCCCUGAACUUUUGGAGUACUUAGAAUCCAUACCAGAUGGAGAUGUCGAGGAGAUGAUAUCCAGGGGUAGAAAAGUGAGGUGCCUAUGGGUUUAUUCACCCACCCUUGAGACAUGUUCUGCAUUUGGUGGAAUCCUCUGGGAACUGCAGAAGAAGGUGAGGCAAUUCCAUCAGUCCACGGAAACAUUCUGGCUUCAUAAUAGAACAAUAGUGAACAGGGAUUUAGUUGAAUUCAACAAAUGGAAACGACCCAUGCUUUUGCCUUGAAACAAUUCGUUUGCCUUUACUGCAUAGUACAUUCAAUCCCUUUGUUAUUGGGAAAAUUUUCUAUAGUUGAAAUACUAAUUGCAUAGAAUCGGAUUGUAAUGAGCACUUCGUGUAAUUUAUCUGCUUGUCCUCAACCAAACAACCUAAAUGAUCCAUAUUUGUCAUUCCUGUAAUCUUACUGGUUCACUGCCCCUGUGCCCCUGUAAGUCUCCAUCUUAAUAGAAUAUUUUCAUUCUUACUCUACAUAGUACGCAUCA